UCCAAAAAUGUGUAGCUUCUGUUUAGAUUUCUAAGGAAAUAACUAUAUUGUCAAUGGAUAAUGAGUUGCCCUUAUCUGAAUUUUAACAUAUUUUUCUUAAAAAAAAAUGUGAUGAUAUGGAAUUAUUUCAGCAAACUAUGCAGUACAUAAAGAUAAGGCUGCAGAAUAAUGAUGUCCUGGGAUAAAGCGAAAAUAAAUGUCAGCGAAUCCACAUCGAUAUCAAUAAAUAACUGAGUAAGUAAAUGCGGCGAAGGGACAGCUCUUCCUGACAGCACCGCUCUUAAGUCCCUGGGCUGGAGGCGAAGACUGGGCGCAGGGCGGGCGGUGGGAGCCCGGAACCCUGCGGCCGACCCCCGCCCAGGGCUAGGGGACUGGAUCCGGCGCGGUGCCGAGCAGAAGCGAAAGGCAGGCACUCGGGUCUCUACACCGCACGGGUCCAGCGGUGGCCGCGGAGUCUCCUGGGACGCGCACAUCCGGGUCCCGGCGCGCGCACGCGCAUUUGCACCGAACAUGGCCGCGGCAGCCCCCGCCGCUGCCGCAGGUGCCGCUGGCCCGCCUCGGGUGAGUCCGCUGCGCCCGUGGCUCUUUCGGUGCCCCGAUUUCCCCCCGAGGGCGGUGUGUGUGUGUCGCGGGAGGCGGUGUCCGCUGGGUCCUGGUGACGCAGGAGCGGAGCGUCUGCCGGCGGGUUUCCCGCGGGCAGUGGGCGCGUCCGACUCGCAGGGCCAGGGGUCCGCCCGAGGCGCGGCGGCCCUAGCGAGUGAGGACGCCCCCGGCCAGUGUAGACGCCCCCCUUCUGCGGUGUGGAUGUCCCCCGGCGGGUGUGGACGCCCCCCUUCAGCAGUGUGGACGUCCCAUGCAGUUGAGGACGCCCCCCGGCGAGUGUGGACGCCCCGCUGCGGGUGUGGACGUACCUCGGCGGGUGUGGAAGCUCUCUCUUCGGCCUGGGACAGAAGAUUGAAAAUGACAGCUGAGAACAUUCCUGAGGAAGAACUGUCCUGUGACGUGGAGAUGGAAGGAUUUACACGAGAGGGUCCUCAUUUCUCCAUUCUAGGUAACAGUUGGGACUGUGAGAACCAGGAGGGACAUUUGAGGCAAUCAGCCUUAACUCAGGAGGAACCAGGAGCUCAGGAAGCAAUUCGUGAAUAUCCCGGAUUUGGGGAGCAUUUGAGCGUGAGCCCAGACCUUCCACGACGUCAGAGCGUUUCCACAAGAAACGGUUUCCAUGUACGUGGCUCAGGUGUUAAAAGCCUGGAUUGUGACCCAGCUUUACACAAUUGUCAGAAAAGUUAUGUAGCUAAGAGAACGGGUGACAGUGACACCUGUGGGAAAGCCUUCAACCAUUCCAUGGAAGUUAUUCAAUUUGGAAGAACUCAAACUAGAGAGAAACCCUAUAAAUACCCUGAAAGUGUUAAGUCUUUCAACCAUUUUACCCCUCUUGGUGAACAAAAAAUAAUGAAAAGAGGGAAGAAACUGUAUGAAGGUAAGGACUUUGGGGACAUCUUUACCCUGAGUUCAUCUCUUAAUGAAAACAGGAGGAACAGCCCUGGAGAAAAACUGUACACAUGUACUGAAUGUGGCAAGUGCUUCAAACGGAACUCUUCUCUUGUUUUGCAUCACCGAACUCACACUGGAGAGAAACCUUAUACCUGUAAUGAGUGUGGAAAAUCCUUCUCCAAGAACUAUAACCUAAUUGUGCAUCAAAGAAUCCAUACAGGAGAGAAGCCCUAUAAAUGCAGUAAAUGCGGGAAAGCCUUCAGUGAUGGGUCAGCUCUGACGCAACACCAGAGAAUUCACACUGGGGAGAAACCUUACGAGUGUCUAGAAUGUGGGAAAACCUUCAACCGAAAUUCAUCCCUGAUUCUGCAUCAAAGAACUCAUACAGGGGAAAAACCAUAUAGAUGUAAUGAGUGUGGGAAACCUUUCACCGACAUCUCCCACCUCACUGUGCAUCUCAGAAUACACACUGGGGAGAAGCCUUAUGAAUGUAGCAAAUGCGGAAAGGCCUUCCGAGAUGGCUCAUACCUCACCCAGCACGAGAGGACUCACACUGGAGAGAAGCCCUUUGAAUGUGUGGAAUGCGGGAAAUCCUUCAACCGUAACUCUCACCUCAUUGUGCAUCAGAAAAUCCAUUCUGGGGAGAAACCCUAUGAGUGUAAAGAAUGUGGGAAAACUUUCAUUGAGAGUGCUUACCUCAUCAGGCACCAGAGGAUUCAUACUGGUGAGAAGCCCUAUGGCUGUGAUCAGUGUCAGAAACUUUUCAGGAACAUCGCCGGCCUCAUACGUCACCAGAGGACUCAUACUGGCGAGAAGCCCUAUGAGUGUAAUCAGUGUGGUAAAGCUUUCAGGGACAGCUCCUGUCUGACCAAACACCAGAGAAUUCACACUAAGGAGACCCCGUACCAGUGUCCAAAUUGUGGAAAGUCCUUCAAGCAGAACUCUCACCUGGCAGUACAUCAGAGGCUCCACAGCAGGGAGGGUCCCAGUCAUUGUCCUCAGUGUGGGAAAACUUUCAGAAGGAGCUCUUCCCUCAUCCGACACCAAAGAUCACACCCUGGAGAACAACCCGUGGAUAUUUAAUGAACGUGGGCCAUGCUCAUCUUCCGACUGGCUCUCAAAAACCUAUGUGAGGGAGAAGUGUCUUCAGGGGUGGCUCCUCCCUGUCAGUGGAAAAGACUGCUCUGAGCUGUCCAGCAAACUGGUGGAUGUGAGACAUUCCUUAGCCAUCCUGUUAAGUCUAUACAUUAAGGAACUCUUGCAGAGGAUACAGGAUAGUAAUAAAUGUGGCAAAGGCUUCAGGGAUGAUUCAGCCUGUACCAAACAUGAUAGUGCAUACACUGGAAUAAAACCUGAGAAAGUCAGGUAGAUACUUCCCUGGAGAACUCACCUAUCCGUACAUCCAGGUCCUUAAACUGGAAAGAGCCUGUGUAAUCGGGAAGAGGAAUCCUUUAAGAGGGAGUGUCUGCCUUACUGUACGUAAGCAAACUCUUACUGGAAUCCAGCGAGGGAAGCUGUCGGCAGGAGCCCUUGCUGUCUUAGCUGUGUAGCAAAGGCAUGCUGGUGAGAAACCCCACACAGUGCUCCAGCUCACAGCAACCACA